GCGGCGGCGGUGGCGGCGGCGGCUUCUUCGGGGAGGGUCCGUGCUCGUAGCUGACCGAUACGCAGCCCGCGGGCCAUCCAGCUGGAGUCCGGCUGUCGAAGGACGACUGUAGCCAUGGCGGAGUCGUCGCCUGCACGGCACAGGAGAAAACGGCGUUCCACGCCUUUAGCUUCUUCCACACCACCUUCCCAGACAACAGAAAAAAGCCCAGAGGUCUCACUCUGGACGGUGGUGGCUGCUAUUCAGGCUGUGGAGAGGAAGAUGGAGUCCCAGGCUGCCCGCCUACAGAGCCUGGAGGGGCGCACAGGGACAGCUGAGAAGAAGCUGGCUGACUUUGAGAAGACAGCCGUGGAGUUCGGCAACCAGCUGGAGGGCAAGUGGGCCGUGCUGGGCACCCUGCUGCAGGAGUACGGGCUGCUGCAGCGGCGGCUCGAGAACGUGGAGAACCUGCUGCGCAACAGGAACUUCUGGGUCCUGCGGCUGCCCCCCGGCAGCAAGGGCGAGGUCCCCAAGGUGUCCAGGUCCCUGGAGAACGAUGAGGUCUGUUUCUCGGAGCAGGAGUGGGAGAACCUGGAGGACUGGCAGAAGGAGCUUUACAGAAACGUCAUGCAGAGCAACUAUGAGACACUAGUCUCUUUGAAGGUCCUUGGCCAACCAGAGGGAGAAGCGGAGUUGGGUGCAGAGAUGCUGGGUGACUUGGAAGGAGGCCCUCAUGGUGCCCACUCAGCAGAUGGGGCCGUGGUCCAACAGGAGGUGCUAUACAGACAAGAUGAUUCUGCGGGGCUUCCUGGCAUGUUUUCUGGCGCUGCUGAACAGCAAGCUUUCCUAGUCCCAGAGCAGGCUGGAUUCUGGGAUGGUCCAAGUGAUUCUGCCUUCUUGGAAUCAGGCCCUGGAGACUCGAACCUUGAGGUAUUUGAGAGCAGUGGAGACUCUGCCCUUGGCAGAACUCCAGACCGCCUCCAGAAGCAAAAGUCACACAGGCAGGUACAGUUGGGCCAGGAGUGUGAGCAAGGCUUGAAGCUGAAAAGGGACACUUCCAGCCCCUAUGAGUGUUCUGCAUGUGAUUUAAGUUUCCGCUACAAGCACCAGCUGGCCACACAUCUGCAGAGCCACUCAAGUUGGGAGGCAUUUCCCACCACAGAACCAGAAGAGAGCCUUAGGCCCAGGCCACGGCUGAAACCACAGGCCAGAAAGGCAAAGGUACAUCAAUGUGACGUGUGUCAGAGGAGCUUCAGUUGCAAGGUCAGCCUGGUAACCCACCAGCGCUGCCACCUGCAGGAGGGCCCCAGCAGUGGCCCACGCAUCCAGGAGAGAUUCUCACCUAACAGCCUAGUUGCCCUGCCUGGCCAUAUCCCUUGGAGGAAAAGCCGGAGCUCCCUCAUUUGUGGGUACUGUGGCAAGAACUUCAGCCACCCGUCUGAUCUCGUGAGGCACCAGCGCAUCCACACGGGUGAACGGCCCUACCGCUGCCCCGAGUGUGAGAAGAGCUUUGUCCAGAAGCAGCACCUCCUCCAGCACCAGAAAAUCCACCAGCGGGAGAGGGGUGGGCUGGCUCCUGAGCCCGGAAGGCCCAAUGGCCUGCUUUAAGGGUGCCUCCCCUCACUGUCCGGGGGCGGAGGGGAGUGGCAUUAGUCCCCCGAAAAGACAAUGUGGAGUCAGGCUGGCUUUCUUCCUGAGGAGAAUUGCUUUUGCUUCUUCCCUUCCCCUGGCCAAGCCCAAAGGCUGAUCUGAAAUGCAGGAGAAAGGCAUGUAGGCCCAUCCUUUCCCUGACACCUGACUCUGCCACUGGGUUUGCCAUUUCCUUGGCCCCUUUGGGUCUCUGGGUGUCUUGUCUUUCCUGGUACAUAGAGAAUAGGGUUGGUAUAGGUGACCAUAUCCAGGGCCCACAGUUGAAUUGGGCACACAGGAGAGCAGAUGCUGGCAGAGUUCUGGGAGUGUAACCUCCACUUUCCUUUCUCUUGUAGUCUCUUUCUCAAUAACAAGUAGAGGAAAUAAUUUAAAUGAUCUGCUUACCCUGCUCUAAAGACCUUUUUUUUUUUAGUUAUUUUCUUGUUGAUUUAAAAAAUAUAUAUAGCUCAAAACUUGUUUUUUAAAUUUCAAGAGUUGUAGAAAUUGUUCCUAACAUGGGAACUGGGCCUACCCUCUGGGAGGGAAUUGUUUAUGGGGCUCUUAUAGCCCACCCACACUUGGGCCAGAGAGCCAGAACAAUACUGGGCUCCCUUGGUGGGGGAGCUGAGGCUCUCAGAUGAGGCUGAUUCUCAGGAGGACCAAGAGGAAGUGAAGGAGACCCUGAAGCCCCUGCCAAGUGUAAAGACUCCUAUGUUCAGUUCACUUUCACUUGAGGUUGCUCAGCGUAUGCCAGCGGCUAUUUGAGUUUGAUCCUGUUGCACCAGUUGUCACUUGAAGUUGUUCAGAUUACACUUUCCAAUGUGUGUCCCAGAGGUGGUGGAGAAAAAGCACAGAUGGUUGUCUCAGGACUCAGUGUUGAGUACCUGCCCCGCUGUUGUUGGGGGGAGGGGUAAGAGUGGGCUCCUGGGUCAUGUGUGAAUGUCCCCUUGAAUGAUUUGCAGUUGUCUAGAAUAAAACUUGUAUUAUGAAAGAA